AUGACUCUCAAAUCGACCUUUCCCCGCAUUAAAGAAGUCCGGACUUUCAUCAUCGAUGGAGUUGGAUCUGGUGGAGAUUAUCACAAUGUCAAAGGUGGUCACUGGUUGGUCGACAGUGACAUCUCCACUCCCAUGACAAAAUGGGCGCAGUAUCGCGGUUCCCGGACAUCGUGGGGUAUCAACGUCUUGGGAUCUUUCUGCGUUGAAAUCGAAGCUACCGAUGGUACCAAGGGUUUCGCCACUGGAUUCGGUGGCCCUCCAGCCUGCUGGCUGGUACAUCAGCACUUCGAGCGUUUCCUGAUCGGCGCUGACCCUCGUGACACAAACGAUCUGUUCGAGAGGAUGUACCGAGCCUCUAUGUUCUACGGCCGAAAGGGUCUUCCUGUCGCUGUUAUUUCCGUCAUUGAUUUGGCUCUCUGGGAUCUCUUGGGGAAGAUUCGCAACGAGCCUGUUUAUAAGCUCAUCGGCGGUGCUACCCGUACGCGAUUGCAUUUUUACUGCACCGGUCCUCAACCUGCAGCAGCCAAGGCAGCGGGUUUCAUUGGCGCAAAGGUGGCCCUGCCUCAUGGGCCCGAUGAAGGUACGGAAGGAUUGCUCAAGAACGUAGAGUACCUCCGCAAGCAGCGUGAGAGCGUCGGCCCUGAUUUUCCCCUGCGUGUGGACUGCUACAUGUCCUUGAAUGUUCCAUACACUAUUGAGCUCGUCAAGCGUUGUGAAGCGGAAGGAAUCAACAUCGAUUGGUGGGAGGAGUGUCUCAGUCCCGAUGACUUUGAUGGCCAUGCCCUCCUCAAGCGGGCCCACCCCACAGUCAAGUUUACUACGGGUGAGCACGAAUACUCUCGAUAUGGCUUCCGGAAGCUUGUCGAGGGCCGCAACCUUGACAUCCUCCAGCCCGAUGUGAUGUGGGUCGGUGGCAUGACAGAACUGCUCAAGAUCUCGGCAAUGGCUGCGGCAUACGAUAUCCCUGUUGUGCCUCACGCAUCGGGCCCCUACUCGUAUCAUUUUGUUGUUUCUCAGACCAACUCACCAUUCCAGGAAUACCUGGCAAACUCUCCCGAUGGAAUGACCGUCGAGCCAGUGUUUGGCAACCUCUUCGUGAACGAGCCCAUCCCAACUCAGGGUUACCUCGAUGUUUCGAUCCUGGAUAAGCCAGGUUUCGGUUUGGAGCUGAACCCUGCGGCGCCGCUAAUUUCUGCUACCACUAUCCUUACACCCGCCCCUAAGAAGAGCCCCACAUUGCCCGCCGAGGACGAAAAGUUGACCAACGGCGCUGCUCACUAG